GGGGAAAAAGUUCCAUCCAGAGUUUUUACUUCAGCUCCCCCUGACCUGACCGUAGCUCUUCUUCGCGCUCUCCCUCUCGCUCUCUCCCAUCUCAGGUUGUGCGUUUGAUCGGUGGAUCAAUGGCGUCGAGUCUGUUCAAAGCCCUUGUUGAAUCUUCCUCCAAAAUCCCAUCUUCGGCUAGAAAUCUGAGUCUUGUUGCCAAUCAAAUCGGCCAGCACACCGCCAAAUGGAUGCAGGAUACAAGUAAGAAAUCACCCAUGGAGUUGAUAAACGAGGUUCCACCAAUCAAGGUCGAAGGCCGUAUUGUUGCUUGUGAGGGAGACAACAAUCCUGCCCUUGGGCAUCCAAUCGAGUUCAUAUGCCUUGAUCGGGAGGAGCCCGCCGUGUGCAAGUACUGUGGCCUGCGCUAUACUCAAGACCAUCACCACUAGAAAAUCUGCUAGUGAUCCUUCCAGCAAGCAACCCGGGACUUGGAAAGACAAUACCCUACCUUUCCAAACUCGACUUCUGUAAUGAUUAUACUCUUCCUACAUGAAUUUGGAAUUUGAGAAUUCCAUUCAAUCGGCACUUUGGCCGGGUCCAUUGUCUUUUGCCAAAUAUGUUUAAUUGCUCUGUCUGAUGACUAUCUUCUUGACUCUAAUACCAAUAAAAGCUUUUGAUCUUUUGGGAGUCGCAAGCUUGAAAUUACAAGCUAAA